GACUGUGAAAUUUUUCAUUUCACACAUCCUGUUUUACUUUAUGCAAACAUUAUACUGAGAAUGGCAAAAAUGAGUCUCUCUUCCUAUGUAUUAAUACUAAUUUUUUCUUUGUUUUCUCAAGGUAUCUUACUUUCAGACUCCAAGUCCAUACGAAAUUUAGAAGAUGACAUGGUACUUAAUACAUUUAGGAUGGGAAAAGCCUUUCAGAAGGAAGAUACUGCAGAAAGAUCAGUUGCUGCUCCUUCUCUGGAACAAUACAAAAAUGAUGAGAGUAGUUUCAUGAACGAUGAGGAAAACAAAAAUUCAAAGAACAUAGGCUCCAAACAUAAUUUCGUAAAUCAUGGUCUGCCGCUCAAUCUGGCUAUAAAGCCUUAUCUUGCACUAAAAGGAUCUGUAGCUUUUCCAGCUGAAAAUGGAGUGCAGAAUACUGAAUCCACACAAGAAAAGAGAGAAAUUGGAGAUGAAGAAAACUCAGCUAAGUUUCCUAUAGGAAGGAGAGAUUUUGACAUGCUCAGGUGUAUGCUGGGAAGAGUCUACCGACCUUGUUGGCAAGUCUGAUACCUGUUAGUCUACACUUGUCUAUUCGGGAGGGAAAAAUCAUUUGUCAAUGAGAAAAAACCCUUGACAUUACUGUAACUUGUAUAUUGCUUUAAAUGGUUGUAAGAAAAUAGUAUUAACAUAGAUGAGUAUUCUAAAUGAUAUGCUUUCUCUGUGCAUUAAACUUUGUGAAAAUCCUG